AUAGUUAUUCCAUGGGGAUUCGUUGCUCUCUCCAGACAUGGCCAAGACCAGCUUUUGUCUGGUGCCGAUGAUCUGCCAGUUUCUGGGACUACAAGCUGCUUUACUGGACUCUUUGUUAAGUCAAAGUAAUAUUUACUAUCUGAAAGCCUCUGCCGAUGUCACCUUGGAGAAUGUGGAUCAUGUGGAAUCGGUGGAGUCGGUCAAGUUGAUUGUGCACGGUUAUCUGGGAUCGCGCACCCAUGGCUCUAUUAUGCCUCUAAGAAAUGCUUACACUGCCCAGGGAUUUGAGAAUGUUCUAGUGGCUGACUGGGGUCCAGUGGCCAAUUUGGAUUAUCCAACCUCGCGCUUGGCAGUGAAGAAAGUGGCUCGAGUUCUGGCGAAAUUACUGGAGGAAUUCCUUCAGAGACAUGGCAUAAACCUAGAAGGAGUCCAUAUCAUAGGUCACAGCUUGGGGGCUCACAUCGCCGGACUAAUUGGACGUUACUUCAAUGGAACUUUGGGCAGAGUUACAGGUUUGGAUCCUGCUCUUCCGCUUUUCUCCAGUCGAUCGGACGACAGUUUGCACUCGAAUGCUGCCCAAUUCGUGGAUGUCAUACACACGGAUUAUCCCUUGUUUGGGGACAUAAGACCCCGAGGAACUGUGGACUUUUACCCGAAUUUCGGGCUUGCUCCUCAACCUGGAUGCGAAAAUGUGGAUGUUGUUGCAGCCAGUAAGCUACUUCAUGAGGCUUAUAGUUGCAGUCAUAACAGAGCUGUUAUGUUUUACGCUGAAUCAAUUGGAAUGUCCAAAAAUUUUCCAGCGAUUCGUUGCAGUUUGAAGGCCAUUAAGAGUCGACACGUUGAGGAUUGCUUAAGGGAAAAAUCUCAGGCUAAUAAUACGGAUAAUGCAGAUAGUGUUUUUAUGGGUGAAAAUGUGAGUCGCAGCGCCACCUUGUAUUAUUAUUUGGCAACUAACGGAGCGCCACCCUACGGCCAGGGCAGGAACUCACGGCUUUAGUAUUCCCUUUGAUUUUCAACAACAGAUGGCGCCAGCUGUCCCCCUAGGUGUGGACUAUCCUUAUUUUUCAAACCGUCUGGCAAUAUCAUUGGGGAAACCCCCUUCCAAACAAAUUUCCAAUGAAUAAGAACUUCCAGAUAUCACUCAAUAAAAAAGAAGUCAUCUAAGCA